CUUAUUCUUCAAACUUCACUCCUCAAAUGUGUGCAGUUGUCCUCCUCAGCGCUGCAUCUGGAUUUCUGACAUGGAGGUUAGUGCAGGGAGCAGCGCCAUCUUUCAGGAAAUGCUGUCAUUCAAGGAUGUGGCCAUUGAUUUCUCUGCAGAGGAGAGGGAAUGCCUUGAUCCUGCUCAGUGGAAACUGUACAGGAAUGUGAUGUUGGAGAAUUAUGACAAUCUUGUGUUCCUGGGUCUUACUUCGUCUAAGCCAUAUCUGGUCACAUGUCUGGAGCAAAUACAAGAGCCUUCAGAUGUGAAAAGAGGAGCAGCUACCUCUAUGCUCCCAGAAUGCAGAGAAUAUGGAAAAGUUUUUGAGUGGUCCAAAGUGUUUCAAAAUCACCAGAUAAUUGACUUAGAAGUGAAGCCCUACAGGAGUGAAGAACGUGCCAAGUCCUUCCAUAUUCCAUCAUUAAGUUCUGAAGAGAGCACAAUUCAUGCAGGAGAAAAACCUUACAAAUGUGAAGUUUGUGGCAAGGCCUUCUGCAUUCCAUUAUUACUUUCUAAACACAAGAUAAUUCAUAAAGGAGAGAAUCUCUACAAGUGUGAAGUGUGUGGCAAGGCCUUCCAACAUCCAUCAAGACUUUCCAGACAUAAGAAGAUUCAUUCAGAAGAGAAACCAUACAAGUGUGAAGUAUGUGGAAAAGCCUUCCACUUUCCAUCAUUACUUUUGGUACACAAGAGAGUUCAUACAGGAGAAAAACCAUACAAGUGUGAAGUAUGUGGCAAGGCCUUUCAUUAUCCAUCAAUACUCUCUAAACACAAGCGAAUUCAUACAGGAGAGAAACCAUACAAGUGUGAAGAAUGUGGCAAGGCCUUCCACAUUUCAUCAUUUCUUUCUAAACACAAAAUAAUUCAUAGAGGAGAAAAACCCUACAAGUGUGAGGUAUGUGGCAAGGCCUUCCAUUAUCCAUCAAGACUUUCCAACCAUAAGAAAAUCCAUUCAGUAGAGAAACCAUACAAGUGUGAAAUAUGUGGGAAGGCCUUCCGCAUUUUAUCACUCCUUUCUAAGCACAAGAUAAUUCAUACAGAAGAGAAUCCUUACAAGUGUGAAGUAUGUGGCAAGGCUUUCGAUUAUCCCUCAAGACUUUCUACCCAUGCAAAAAUGCAUACAGGAGAGAAACCAUACAAGUGUGAAGUAUGUGAAAAGGCUUUCCGUUCUCUGUCAUCACUUUCUAAACACAGGAGAAUUCAUAUGGGAGAUAAUUAUUAUAACAGUGAAUUAUGUAGCAAUGCCUUCGUUUAUCCUUCAAGACUUUCUAAACAUAAGAAAAUUUGUAGAGGAGAGAAGCCCUACAAAUGUGAAGUAUGUGGCAAGGCCUUCCAUGUUUCAUCACUGCUUUCUAAACACAGGACAAUUCAUACAGGAGAAAAACUCUAUAAGUGUGAAGUAUGUGGGAAGGCCUUCUAUUAUCCAUCAAGACUUUCCACGCAUAAGAGAAUUCAUACAGGAGAAAAGCCAUACAAGUGUGAAGUAUGUGGAAAGGCGUUCUGUUUUCCACCAUCACUAUCUAAACACAAGAGAAUUCACACAGGAGAGAAACCAUACAAGUGUAAAGAAUGUGGGAAGGCCUUCCGAUUUCCAUCAUCACUAUCUGCACACAAGAAAAUUCAUACGGGAGAAAAACCCUACAAGUGUGAAGUUUGUGGCAAGGCCUUCCAUUAUCCAUCAUUACUUUCUAAACACAAGAUAAUUCAUACAGGAGAAAAACCCUAUAAGUGUGACAUAUGUGACCAGGCAUUUCAUGUUCCAUCAAAACUUUCUCAUCACAAGAUAAUUCAUACAGGAGAAAAACCCUACAAGUGUGAAGUAUGUGGCAAGGCCUUCCAUUAUUCAUCACUACUUUCUAAACACAAGAUUAUUCAUACAGGAAAAAAACCCUACAAGUGUGAAGUGUGUGACAAGGCCUUCCAUUAUCCAUCAAGACUUUUUAGCCAUACAAAAAUGCAUACUGGAGAGAAACCAUACAAGUGUGAAGUGUGUGGAAAGGCCUUCUGUUCUCCAUCAUCACUUUCUAAACACAAGAGAAUUCAUAAAGUUGAAAAAGCCUACAGUUGUGAGAUUUGUGGAAAAACCUUCUGCAUUCCAUUAUUACUUUCUAAACACAAGAUAAUUCAUACAGGUGAGAAUCACUAUAACAGUGAGGUAUGUAGCAAGUUCUUUGUUUAUCCUUCAAGACUUCCUAAACAUAAGAAAAUUUAUAAAAGAGAGAAACCAUACAAUUGUGAUGUAUGUGGGAAGGCCUUCGAUUAUCCAUCAAGACUUUCUAAACAUAAGAAAAUUCAUACAAGAGAGAAACCGUACAAGUGUGAUGUAUGUGGAAAGGCCUUCCACAUUGCAUCAUUACUAUUAGUACACAAGGGAAUUCAUACUGGAGAAAAACCCUACAAGUGUGAAGAUUGUGGGAAGGCUUUCUAUUAUCCAUCAUUUCUUUCUAAACACAAGAGAAUUCAUACAGGAGAAAAACCGUACCAGUGUGAAGUGUGUGGCAAGGCCUUCCAUGUUUCAUCAUCACUAUCUAAACACAGGAUAAUUCAUACAGGAGAGAGACCAUACAAGUGUGAAGUGUGUGGGAAGGCCUUCCGCUUUUCAUCAUCACUAUCUAAACACAAGAGAAUUCAUACAGGAAAGAAACCCUACAAGUGUGAAGAAUGUGGCAAGGCCUUCCAUUUUCCAUCAUUGCUUUCUAAACACAAGAUAAGUCAUACUAGAGAAAAAUUCUACAAUUGUGACUUAUGUAGCAAGACCUUCCAUUAUCCAUCAUUACUUUCUAAACACAAGAUGAUUCAUAUGGAAGGAAAACCCCACAAGUGUGAUGUAUGUGGUAAGGCCUUCCAUUAUCCUUCAAAACUUUCCAAUCAUAAGAAAAUUCACACAGGAGAGAAACCCUACAAGUGUGAAGUAUGUGGAAAUGUCUUCCGUUUUCCAUCGUCACUUUCUGAACACAAGAAAACUCAUACUGGAGAGAAUCCAUACAAGUGUGAAGUAUGUGGCAAGGCCUUCUGUUCUGCAUCAUUACUUUCUAAACACAAGAUAAUUCAUAUAGGAAAGAAGCCCUACAAAUGUGAAGUGUGUGGCAAGGCCUUCCAUUAUCCGUCACGACUUUCCAAGCAUAAGGCAAUUCAUGGUGCUGGAGAGAUGUCUAGAGUUGAGGGCACUGGAUGCCCUUCCAGAGGUCCUGAGUUUAAUUCCCAGUAACUACAUGGUGGCUCACAACCAUCCGAUGCCCUCUUCUGGUAUGCAGAUGUACAUGCAGAUAGAGAUGUCAUAUACAUAAAAUAAACAAAUCUUUAAAAAAUAUUGAUGGUAUAUUGCUUGGUACCAAAAGAAAAGAAAAAAUGAAAUUCACACAGGAGAGAAACAGUAGUAGUCUGAAGUAUGUAGACGGGCCUCAAAUUUCAUCAUCACUUUUGGUACAGAAGAAAAUUCAUACAGGAGAAAAUCCCUACAAGUGUGUAGUGUGUGGCAAGGAUUUCCAUUGUCCAACAUUACUUUCUAAAUACAGGAGAAGUCACUCAGGAAAACAAAAAAACAAACCUACAAGUAUAAAGUAUGUAUCCUGGCCUUCUGUGCUCAACAAAAACAUUAGGGAUCAUGAAAGAAUCCAUUCUGCAGAUAAACCAUACAACUCUAAAGAAUGUAGCAAAUACUUCAGAAGUUCCAUAGCAUAUGCUGAGCACAGGAUAAUUCCUACUGUACAGAAAUAUUACAAUUGUGGAGAAUGUGGCAAAAACUAUUACUUGUCUUCUGGUCUUAAGCAACAUUCAGGAAUUCAUCUGUUAGAGAAACCACACAAGUGUGAAGAAUGUUCCAAGGUCUUUUGUACUUACUAAGAACUGUAAAACACCUCAGUUCAUACAAGACUGAAAUGCCUCAUGUGAAAAAUGUUGCAAACCCUUUAAUAGACUUUCUUGUAUGUCUCAACACAAGGUACUCCAAGCUGGAGUGAAAUAGUACAAAUGUUAAAAAUAUUCACAGUACAUUAACACUUCUUCAGACACUAAGUUAUCGAAAGCUUUCUGCUGAAUGGAAACUAUGUAAGAUUGAGAAAUGUGGUAAAUAAAGCCUUUGGAAUCAUUCACACAACCAUGUCAAAAAUACAAAUGUCAGACUGUUUAUUCUCUGGAUUUGAGGCUGAUCUUUCCUUGCUGUCUUUUGUUUCUUCUGUUUGAGAAUCAGAACACUUCUAUACCAUUGUUGCAAAAGUAGUCACUUGUUUUUAUGUUGUAAUAGAUCACACAUAAGAGAUUGCCUUGAGUCUCACAUAACACAUGGACUGUGGUCUCAUAAUGUUGUAAUUAUUAAAUACUAUAUGGACCUUUCAAGUUGUAGGCUAUUUUACUUAGGAGGUGAAAGUAAGGUUGGGGAAAAGGGAAGAAAUGUUGUGAUUAAAGCUCUGUGGCUAAGGCUAGCAUGAGUUUGGGAACAAACUUAAAAGACAAGACCCAUACCCAUGUUAGUAUUCCAAGUACCCACAAAAUAGGUAAUUACCUCUGCAGAUUUUUCUCUGACCUCCAUGUGUGGGCUCCCACAUAUACAUACAUACAUACACCCAGACAAAAUAAACCUAAAUUAUGUUUUGGAAUUAUGCUUGUGUUUUAUGCAGACAGGGGUCAAGAAUUAAUGCUUAUAUCUUAAUUCUCAGCUACUACUUGAGUAUCAUAUCUGUCUCCAUUCCACCAUGUUCCCUAAGCAUGCUUUCUAAAAUAAUGAUAAUGUACAAAACUGUAAACAAGCUCCAAUAAAUGCUUUGUUUAUAAGAGUUA